UUCAGACUCCAGGCUUCAACCUGUUUACAAAGCGGCUUUCCAAGGAAGGGGGGUGGGGGCUAGGGCCAAACAAAACACCAGCCGCCGUCCCCCCAAACAAAAAGUGACUUUCUGGAGCCUUCAAGUCAACAGGCACCACUAAAAACAGAAAAGAAGAGGGGGAAGGAAACGACGGCGAGCGGGCAGCUGCCUCCAGCUCUGACAACUCCUGAAGGACGCACUUUUAGAAGUGGCCAGCGGGCGAGGGCUCUGCCGAGGGGGACCAGAAGGUGCCAACCGCAGAGGGGCGCGGAUACCUCCCCCUGCCGCCCACGCCACCCCCUCUGGGUUUUGUUCACCGUGCUGUCAUCUGUUUUUCAGACCCUUUUUGCAUCUAACAUGGUGAAGAAAGGAGUGAGAAGAGAACAAAGUAAUUCCUGGGGGAGCGAAGAGCGCUGGUGACCGCCACCACCACUGCGAGCUCCUGCCGCAGCGGCCACCCACGUCCACCAUUCGCCGGAGACUGGAGAGGCGCAGGCGGCGAAUCCGAGAAAGGAGCGAGACAGCGGCUCUCCCCGGGAGUUAUGGAUGUUGGCGCAUUCGCUUCUGGCCAGAUCCGCGCCCAGAGGGAGCUAACCAGCAGCAGCCACCUUCAGCGGUUUCCCUGCCUUGCCCCAGGUCUUACCCUUCCAGUAUGUUCCUUCUGAUGAGACAAUUUCCAGUGCCGAGAGUUUCAGUACAAUGUGGAAAUGGAUACUGACACAUUGUGCCUCAGCCUCUCCCCACCUGCCCGGCUGCUGCUGCUGCUUCUUGUUGCUGUUCUUGGUGUCUUCUGUCCCCGCCACCUGCCAAGCCCUUGGUCAGGACAUGGUGUCACCCGAAGCCACCAACUCUUCCUCCUCCUCCUCCUCCUCCUCUCCUUCCAGUGCGGGGAGGCAUGUGCGGAGCUACAAUCACCUCCAAGGAGAUGUCCGCUGGAGAAAGCUCUUCUCUUUCACCAAGUACUUUCUCAAGAUUGAGAAGAACGGGAAGGUCGGCGGUACCAAGAAGGAGAACUGCCCGUACAGUAUCCUGGAGAUAACCUCAGUGGAAAUUGGAGUUGUUGCCGUUAAAGCCAUUAACAGCAACUAUUACUUAGCCAUGAACAAGAAGGGGAAACUCUAUGGCUCAAAAGAAUUUAACAACGACUGUAAGUUGAUGGAGAGGAUAGAGGAAAAUGGAUAUAAUACCUACGCAUCCUUUAACUGGCAGCACAAAGGAAGACAAAUGUAUGUGGCAUUGAAUGGAAAAGGAGCUCCCAGAAGAGGACAGAAAACCCGAAGGAAAAACACCUCAGCUCACUUUCUUCCCAUGGUAGUACAGUCAUAGGGGAAGGCAGUGAUAGUAGAGGCAGUGGAACCAAAGGAUCUUUUGCCAGGAAUCGUUGCUACUCUUCAUGAAGACAGUAGUUGGAAAAGCAAAGACACAUUGCAGAUAUCUGCUUGCUUAAAAGAAAGCAGGCUUUGGAAGGCUUUUGUACUCACUGCUGUCACAUGAUGUUCUUUUCAAUAAUUCUGUGUCAUGCCUCAUAAUCAAGAUAUAAGCAGAUCAAAUGGGAUGGAGAUUUUUCCCAAACAAACAACGUUGUGGCUGGGGUUUUUUUGUUGUUGUUGUUACGUUUUUGUUUUUGAACCUCUGAGAUAGAACAUAAAGGACAUGGAGCAAUCUGUUGAAUGAUCUUCGGGAAAAGUUAUUUAUGGAAUACGAACUCAUAUCAAAGACUUUCAUUGCUCAUUCAAACCUAGUGAUUCAGUGAGCAGUAAUAACACGCAAGCAUUUACUGGAAAGCAUUUGGUCAUCUAUGCACAACCAAAAGAGUUUUGGGUGUGGCCUUGUGGAAGAAUUGGAUAGGAUUGAAAAACAUAAACAUGUUAGUGUGAAACUGUUCUAACAAUAUGAAUCGUAUCGUAUGCUUGUGCAGUCUGCCUUCAUCCCUUUCUAUUUCUUUCUAAGUUAUUUAUUUAAUAGGAUGUUAAAUAUCUUUUGGGGUUUUAAAGAGUAUCCUCAGCAGCUGCCCUCUGAUUUAUCUUUCCUUUUUCUUCAGCACAUCACCUGCACGUCCAUGACAAUGUUUUUAAAACUUGGCAAGCACUUCAAAAGUAGGAGAUGAGAUUAGGGAAGCAAUAGGAGUAACACGUGUGCUGUCAGUGGACUAAGUCUGCACUCCUGCAGAAAGCGCCAUCCACAGUCAACAUGGCAGUGCUGGCCCCGGGUUUGAGUGAAGAUACCUGCCAUCCUUUAAAAACAUAUAUUACCCCUGAGGCUUCCUUUUCUAAGAAAUAGACCAGACGGCCAAAUUCUUCUCUUUUGAUACAUCGAUUUGUUUCCAAGAAUACACAUAAAGAAGGAAAAUUAAUUGGUAAAUACAACUUCAUAACUUCGCCUCCUUAUUUACUAGUGAUUUGUUGCCUUAUGUCACAGUGGUAAAUGAUGAAGAGGCUGUGUGUGUAUAUAAGAACCCUUUGUAAGUCCCACAUAAUGCAUCUCCCCAAAGGAAUGAUCAAGGAAUUUGGUAAGAAGUGCAACUCUUCUGGGGCUUAAACUGAGCAAAUAGGUCCUGAUCUAUGUGUAAUCACAUACUAAAAGCUGUUCCAGUUGUUGAUCUAGUCUUUACAAAAUUUUCUGUAAAUUUAAAGAGCUUUAGAAGGUUCCAUAUUGUAACCAUGUUGGAAUUCAUUUUGUUAGAGCAGGUAUAGAAAACAGCGCAUAAGAGGUUACCAGUCAUCUUCACAUUGUAUUCCACUAAAUAGAUACAUACAUAAGCCUUAUUUGCAGUGUCUGUAGUGAUUUAAACAAUGUAGAAAAAUAUUAUUUGUUCUAAAUACUUUAAGCGAUAAACUAUAAGAGUAUAUUGAUGCUGCAAUUUUAUCCUCAUAUUUCUUGUUUUGAAAAAGUCUGUUUAUUUUCAUUGUUUGGAUGCAGUAUUUUGGCAUAAGGAAAAGACUCACUAAAUGUGUCUUUUAACAAAGUUUGACCUCUAGAAAGGCUGGUGUUUUGUGAUUCUCUUAUAACUUAUUUGUGUCAAUGCUUAACCAGCACUUCCAGUUAGUCUGGUAUUUAAAAAUUAGUUUUAUUAAGUAAUUUUCUCAUAAAAUCAUCUCAUUAAAGGUCUUAGCUUCUCUUGCUCUUCAAAAAAGUUGAUAUUUCAAAAGAAAUGCAUUGGAGGCACCAUGUCUUGGCUGAUGGAGCAAGUUGCAUCUCAUGGUACUUUGCUUCCAACUUGCUUUUUGACAAAUGGGAUUCUAAAAAUGUUUAAUUUUUGUGUUUGGAAUCUGGAUGUUAACAUGUAAUUUGUAACUGAGUCUGAGAACUAUAAUGUAAUGCAUUCCUAUCAGAACUAGAUACCUUUUUUCUUUUAUUUUAAAGUAAUAAUUGCACCUGACACAUGAACACGGACCACCCACAAACAAAAUUAAAUGUUUGGUGAGAUAAAUAUAGUAUUAUAUGACCACAGUAACAGCAAAUAGGGCACAAACUGGAUUCUUAUUUCACAUAACCAUUUAGAUUACCAAAGAGACUAUGUGUAAACAGUCAUCAUUAUGGUACUCAAGACACUAAAAUAGCUUCUAGCAAAAUGUAUCAAAGCUUGCAGAGGCCAAAAAUAGAAAACAUCUCCCUCCCUGCCCUCCUAAAUCCUCCCUCAAACCCAGAUCUUAACAGAGAUAAAGACAGAAACCUUUUUGUAAGGAGUAAUGAAAUUCUCCUGCGUUUUAAAAUGACAUAAAUGAUAUCUUUGCUUGAUAUUGAAAUACAAUUCUCAUCCCCUUUGCAACUACUGAUGAAAAACAGUUUCAGCCCUGAAUGUUGUAGAUUUAAAAAAAAGCAGUUGGGAUUCUGGGGCCUCUGCCUCUGUGGAAAGUGUGGGCUCUGGCCCACAAAGUUAAGGUGUAUCAGCCAACAAAUUUUUGUUCAUAUGAGUAUUGGUUCUGAGAAGAUUCCUCAUAAAGAUAUAGAAUCACUCCCUCCUCCUACCUCCCAAAAGGCUUAACAAUGUAUAGUAUGUUACAUUUGAAUAAAAACAAUAAAAAAUGCUGGGAAAAGAAAAUAAAAAUAUUGUCCUUGUUUGUUUUAUUAGCCUAAAACUCUACCUAGUAAUAAAAAGAGAAGCUCAAGUGUUGUGUGCAUGGCAGGAUGUGGUUAAAUGCUGCCACCCCCCAAACCCCAAACAACAACAGAAAAAAAAAAAUUACUCAAACAUUUGUAAGGUUUCUUUAAUGUUUCACAUGUGUGAGUCAGCUAUCCUUACUCUAAUAACAACCAAAUGCUUUUGAUUUUUCCUAAGUAUUCAGGUCCACCUAGUUUACACAGUGGAUAAAGAAGAAUGAAUUGAAAACAAGGAUGGCUUGUGAAACAAUGAAAAGCUUUUGGAGGGAAGCCAGGAGGCUGCAAAAUAUGAUUUCAAGGGGAUGGAGUAGGCCAAUGAAUUUGGUUUGAAAAGUAGAGAGAAAAAAAUACAUAAUAAUGCAAGUUGCUUCCAGGGCCCAAGCAAUUUUAUGAACAUAAUUUAAAAGGAUCAGCAUUCAUGCUACGCAGUCCUCGUAAUUUAAAUGUUAAUUCAGAGUUUAUGAUUAUUCAGUGAAGUGAAAUUUACCUUUUUCUUAUCAGUGAAUGGUUUAGUUGGUCCAAAUUUUGUCUAAUAAAGAUAUGUAUAGGAAGGUUGAAAUGUUUAAGAGAUGUCUGUACAUAAGCAUAUAGACAGGCAAACAAAUACCAUGUUGAUUAAGAGUUCUUGUCUAUUUCAUUGACAAGACUUUUGAAACUUAAAAAUGCAAAAAAAAAAAAAAGAACGAGAGGGAGAGGAAUACCUUGAAAGUAUGCUAGGAGAAAAGGGGGAAACUUUUAGUUCUAUGGGAAAGGAGGCAACUCAGAUCUGCUUCCUCUCUGACACUCGUUUCCUCUGAUCUCUGGCUUUAUUCCCUUGGCUGCUGCUUGCCUUCGAUUUACUUCCUUACAACUCGAAAAUCCAAAAUUCCUUUUUCUCAGGAUCCAAAGAGGACAACAUCCUAGAUAUUACUCAUUAUUGGCCUGGUUUGGAUGACAUACCAACCUCUAGAGCAAUCACUAGGACAAGGGAUUUGGGCACUGUGAUUGGCCCAUCUUCAGUCACAUGACCACAGAGGAGCAAGGUGCAGAUUUUGGCAGCCCACACACUUGGAAGUACUGAAGAAUGGGGUACCAAGGAGAAAGCAGAACUGGGCAGGUGCAAAAAAAAAAUGGUUGUUAGCUACAUCUAUUUAAAUGAGACUACUGACAAACAUAUUUUUUUUUUACAAACAUAUUUUUUAUUCCUGUAUUUUUCUUCACUGAUUCUAGUCUUCACCUAUUUGUCUAAAUCAGAGAGGUUUAAAGAUAUUUCUUGUUCAUACAUUCUUUAAAAUGGAAAGAUUAUAUUUGUGUUGUUUUGGUUUAAGCCAAGAGUAGGACCCUGAAUAUAGCCAGGUUCUCUGUGUUUCUGGAAACUUUAUAGAAUGAUAAUUGGGAUGAAUGCAACUUUUCACUGAAUAAAAAAGCUGAUCUUCCUAUUAAAUAUCAACUUGUAUCAAAAAGUGAUGUUAUAAAUAUUUCUCUAAGUUUAUCCCAAUUAUGUAACUAGUAUCUUCAAGUAUAUCAGCAUAUAGAAAAAACUCUAACAUCAAUGUCGUUCAUUUUCUUUAAAUUGUAAA